AUGGACGCGGAGUGGUCAAAUUGGUCCUAUUCUGGAUGGCGAGAUGAUUCGCAGUGGCAUGGCUGGCAGAAGCGGCACUCACAGGAUGGGGUGCAUGGGCGAGACUACUUUUCGCCGGCGGAAGCUCCGGAUGAUGGGGCGCAUGGGCGAGACAAGCCGGAGCCGGCGGAAGCUCCGGCACCUCCGCCUCCGCAAGGACCUGGACCUAGGCCACCGCUUGGGCCUCCUCCGCCACCUCCGCCCGGGCCUCCACCCGGGCCUCCACCCGGGCCUCCGCCCGGGCCUCCGCCCGCACCUGCUGUAGCUCGACCUGGACAAGGGCCUGCACCUCGACCUGCUCCGAAGCAGAAAGGGCCAUCCUUCACUCCGCCCUUGCGUGGGCACGACGAAGAUGUUACUCAGCUGAUGGAGGCAAGCCGAGCUUCGGGCGCUCGCCCGAACUUCAGUCAGCUUCGCAGGGAGUUCGACGCGAAGAUGAGAGAGGUGAAGCAGACUUGUGCAGAGUUACACAAGGCACAACUCGAAGCAGAGCUGGCGCAACAACAGGUGAGGUUCAACGAGGAGAAGAAGGCCUACGUCGAGGCGGCGAACUUGGCGGCGAAGGCGGCUGCCGAGGCCGACAAGACGGAUGCGCUGCUGCAGCUGGGCGAGCGCUGGAAGGCCUACAGUGACGCUGAGAUCCUGAAGGCCGUUCAGCGCGAGCAACAGUCUGCGCAAAAACUUUUGGCCGAGCAGAAGGAGGCCUACGCGCUCGAGAAGUCUCGUCUAACUACGCGCGUCAACGAGCUCUUGGAAUCCGUGGAGUUUUGGAAGCAGUCGAGCAUGGAAUGGCGACAUUCCAAGCUCAGUGACUUGGAGAAGAUCGCAGCCUCACAACAGGCUCAGCAGGAGAAGGGCACUCAGGGCAUGAAGCCAGACACGCAGAAGAGCCCUCCCGGUGUGCUCCAGAAAAAGGCAGUGGAGGACGACAAGAAAGAGUCGAAGCCUGAGGAGCCCCCGAAAGCAGAUCUUCCGGAGGUGACGGCAGAAGAUCAGAUGAAAAGGGUUGCGGCCAAGUACCCGGAGGCAGGGCCUCAGAGUCAGGGCGGCAGUCUUUUUCAACUUUUUGGCUAG